CGGCUUUUGGGAGAGAAGGGCCAAGUCCAGCUGUGAGGAGCCCAAGGGGCGAGAAACCCGCAGUGAUUUCUAGAGAGAGAAAGAGAGGGCAACUCUGUAGAGAGAGAAACACUCUUGCAAACGCUGAGGGCGAUGGCUCCAAUGGUGAUCCUUACCCAGAAGAAGAGCCUGGUCUGGCAUUGCUUCUGUCGAGGGAUAUAAGAGCCAGCUUGCUUUCAUUUUCCUUCUCAUCUCUCUUCAUUUGGGGUUUAGAGGGCUUGGAUUGAAGUGUUUCUGCAAUUUUUUUGGAAGAACUAGGGUUCGAUUUAGCGUUUUGGUCUUUCUGAGCCUGCAAAUGAAAAUGGACUGGUCUUCUACUUUGGACGAAUACGAAAAGCUCGUCAUAAGAAUGGACACUCCUAGGGUUGUGAUAGACAAUGCCGUGUGCGCGACUGCAACUCUCGUGAAGGUAGAUAGCGCGAGAAAACACGGGGUUCUUUUAGAGGCAGUUCAGGUCUUGGCAGAUCUGGACCUUUGCGUAAACAAGGCAUACAUUUCCUCAGACGGCAGAUGGUUCAUGGACGUCUUCCAUGUGACCGACCAAAACGGCAACAAGCUAACUGACGAGAGCGUUAUCCGCUGCAUUGAACAGUCUCUGGGAACAGGGUACCGUUCUCUGGGCGCCUCCCAAACCCACCUCCCAGGCGUGACGGCCCUGGAGCUAACCGGCACCGACCGACCCGGUCUCCUGUCUGAAGUCUUUGCGGUCCUCUCUGACCAGCGCUGCAACGUCGUUGAGGCCAAGGUCUGGACGCACAACGCUCGAAUUGCCUCCCUGAUCUAUAUCAACGACAUAGACUCGGGCUCUCCACUUGACGACGAUUCGGACAGAGUAUCUCGGAUCGAGGACCGGCUCCGCAAUGUUUUGAAAGGCGACAACGAUGUGAGGAGUGCGAAGACUGUGGUUGCCCUUGGCGUGACUCACACGGAGAGGAGAUUGCAUCAGUUGAUGUUUGCCGACCGGGACUAUGAGAGGAAAGUGGGUUCAAGCUGGGGAGAGACGGGCUCGAGCCAUGGCUUGGAGGCAGGUCCGUUGGUCACGGUGCAGGGGUGCGCCGAGAGGGGCUACUCAGUCGUCAAUGUGCAGUGUCGAGAUCGGCCGAAGCUCUUGUUCGACAUUGUUUGCACUUUGACGGACAUGGAUUAUGUGGUGUUUCAUGGCACGGUUGGUACCAGAGGGGAUGAGGCUUUCCAGGAGUUUUACAUAAGGCACACUGACGGGUGCCCAGUCAGUUCCGAGGCGGAGAGGCAGCGUGUGAUUCAAUGCCUCCAGGCGUCCAUUGAGAGGCGAGCCUCCAAGGGAGUGAGACUCGAGCUCAGGACGCUCGACCGGAGGAGCCUGUUAUCCGAUGUGACUCGGACAUUUCGCGAGAACGGCCUAUCUGUCACGCGUGCGGAGGUUUUGACACGUGGCGACACUGCACUCAAUGUCUUCUAUGUCACGGAUGCAGCCGGCAACCCGGCCGUCGAACCGAGGAUCAUAGACUCUGUUCGGGAGAGAAUCGGUUUAACGAACCUCCUGGUGAAGGAGGACCGUGAACAUGGCAUAGGCAAGGCAACGGCGCCUGGGGACCCCGGACUGUUCUCGCUGGUCAGGCGAAACCUGUACAACUUGGGACUCAUCAGGUCUUGCUCCUAGUUUGGUUACACUAGGCACGUGUGACUUAUUCACCCACGUACAAAUCCUGUUUACAUGUGCUAUGCCGCACGUGUUCGCCUGUCUUCUCUAUCUCUCUAUUGUUUUGUACAUAAAAAGGGGAUGGGAAACAUUAGGGAGGUGGGGACACGUGGGACGUUGUGGGGCAAAGGAGUUGUGCCCUUUGAAUGGAUGUAUACACGUACUCCAUACGUUACUGUACAUAGAAAAAUUUGUUGGUUGAGAUUAAUGAUAGAUGAUGGAUCCUCGUGUUUUUAUUUCA